AUGUCAGAGGACUCGGACUGCAAGCCCUACCGCCGCCCUGAGCUCCAGGAAGCUCAUGAACCUCCAUCGUGCAGCUCCAUGCACAGGAUGGCUCCUUUUGGCCAUGGGGGGGGAACCUUAGGCCUCCCCUCCGAGGGCAGUGACAGCAGCGGGCAGGGCAACUCCACGUCCCAACAGAACCAUAGUAAGAACUCCCGCUCGCGCUCUCUGCCCAAGGACGACCUGGAGAUGAAGAGCAGCGGCUCAAGCGGCAGCGGCACCGAGUCGCACGGCAAUGAGAGCCACAGCAACGGCAGCAGCAACAGCAGCUCGCUCAGCCACAGCAAGGACUCUGCCCUGCUGGAGUCAUCAGGGAGCAACAAGAGCUCCAACUCCCACAGCCCAUCUCCCCCCAGCAGCUCCAACACCUUCAGUUUGCUGAGCUCUGAGCAGGACCACCCCUCCACCAGCGGCUGCAGUAGUCAAGAGUCGGCCAAAGCCAAGACACAGAAAGAGAUUUUAAAGACGUUGAAAGAACUGAAACGUCUCCUGCCGACGGAGAAGAGACACAGCCAUAAGUCCACCACCGUGAAUACGCUCAAGUACGCUCUGCGCUGCGUCAAACAGGUGGAAGCCAAUGAAGAGUACUACCAGCUGUCGAUGACCAAUGACAGCCAGCCUUCAGGCGUAGAUGUGUCGGCGUAUACAAUAGAGGAGAUAGACAUCAUCACCUCUGAAUACACCUUAAAAAACAAUGACAUUUUUGCAGUGGCCGUGUCCCUCGCCACGGGGAGAAUUGUCUACAUAUCCGACCAGGCCGCCAACAUCCUCAACUGUAAACGAGAUGCAUUCAAGGACUCGAAGUUUGUGGAGUUUUUGUCGCCGCAGGACGUGAGCGUUUUCUACAGCUUCACCACGCCUUACCGCCUGCCUUCUUGGAGCAUGUGCACUGGAGCAGACUCCUCUCCCUCUGACUGCAUGCAGGAGAAGUCCUUCUUUUGCCGUAUCAGUGGUGGAAAGGAGUGUGAAGGGGACGUGCAAUUCUAUCCGUUUCGCAUGACUCCAUAUCUGAUGAAAGUCCAGGACGCGUUACAUCCCGAGGACCAGUUCUGCUGCCUCCUGCUGGCCGAAAGAGUUCACUCAGGCUACGAUGCUCCCAGGAUUCCCACAGACAAGCGCAUAUUUACAACCACACACUCUCCCAGUUGUGUUUUCCAAGACGUGGAUGAAAGAGCUGUCCCACUUCUCGGAUACCUCCCCCAGGACUUGAUCGGCACUCCGGUCCUCCUGCAUCUCCAUCCACACGAUCGGCCGAUUAUGCUGGCCGUCCACAGAAAGAUUUUGCAGUGUGCUGGGAAGCCGUUCGACCACUCGUCCAUCCGAUUCUGUGCACGGAAUGGUGAAUACGUUACUCUUGACACAAGCUGGUCAACUUUCGUCAACCCUUGGAGUCGCAAAGUGUCUUUUAUCAUCGGAAGGCACAAAGUUCGCAUGGGCCCGGUAAACGAAGAUGUGUUUGUGGCACCUGCCUGCUCCGCUUGGGACAUGAAAACGAUGGAUCCAGAAAUACAGGAGUUAACUGAGCAGAUCCACCGUCUCCUUUUGCAGCCUGUUCUUAGCACUGGCUCUAGUGGAUAUGGAAAUAUCAACAGCAACGACCACCUGAUAAGAAUGACCUCUCCGACCGAGAGCUAUAACAAUGGCAGCAAUUCCAAGAUGCUCCCUGAUGAGGAGGAACAGAUCUGCAAAGCAAGGCCUGUGCGUCGAACCUUUCAGGAAAUAUGCAAGUAUAUUCACCUCCAGAAAUGUCAGGUGCAACAGACUGUCAACACAGACAAGAAAUCAUCCGAAUCUGUGCAAAAGAACCAACAUGUGGUGAGAACCAAAGACUCUGUUCAGUGGAAGGACUCAGUGGACACAAAAUCUGCAUUUCUGGAAGAUCAAGCUGUUCACUCCUACCAGCAGAUAAGCUGCCUCGAUAGCGUAAUUAGGUAUCUGGAGAGCUGUAAUAUUCCUCUCACCGUGAAGCGAAAGUGCCAGUCCGUCUCUCACUCCACAUCCUCAAACUCUGAGGAGGACAAACAGAAAGUGUGCACCAGCAUAGUGAUGGCUGCAGAACCUGCAUUGUUGAAUGUUCAGUCUGACCUCUCCACUUUACGUGACCAGGAUAAAAAGCUCAGUGCUGAAGCCACAGCAGUAGCGGACACUCCACUGCCUCUGCCUGUACCUAACAGAGCAGAGAGUGUUGUGUCCAUCACCAGCCAGUGUAGCUAUAGUAGCACUAUUGUGCAUGUCGGGGACAAGAAACCUCUCCCAGAGACAGAAUUUAUAGAGGACAUUCGAGGGACAGGAGAACCUGACAGCAGCCAAAUCCAUGCUGCUUCCCCGUGUGGCAUCUCAUCUCCCAGUCAGGAGAUGGAGUCCUACAAGAUACUCGGGCUGACCAAGCAGGUCCUGGCUGCUCACACCCAAAAAGAGGAGCUAGCCUUUUUGAAUCGCUUCCAAGAGCCCUCCACUCUCAAUGCGCACACACCAAAUUGUUCUCAGUAUCUGGAGGGUCAGAGGGAACAAACUUCAAAUGAUGUUGUGCAAACCUCUCAAUCAUCCAAGCAGUGUGACCCAGGAGUGAAACGCAGCAUGGGACGAAGAGCGCGAACUAAAAAAUACAAAUCAAAAAGAGCCAUGCAGGUGGCGUCCUCUGACAGCACCGCGUCUCACUCCAGCACACAGCACCAACCUCCACUUUUCAACCAUCAGAUUCCCCCUCUGUCCUGGCCCCCUUCAGAAGCAGCACACUCCUGUUUCCCUUUAGCCUACCCAGCGGAGAUGCCCGGGUACCCUCUGCCGGUGUACCCAGACUCUGUAGCUCUCUGCACUGAUGCUGGUGCCUCAGUCUGUGGAGCAAACCUGGGCCCGCCUGCCGCACACAUGCCAGUGCUGGCUUUGAUACUACCCAACUACAUGUAUCCACCAGUUGCUCCUAUGCCAGUUCCAAGUCAGCCUAUGUACCCCACCAUGCCCUCAGCUCCAUCAGUAUUCUCUCCACAUGGUGCUUUUGCUUCCCCCUUCAAAGUCCAAGGCCAGUCCAACCUCCAGAACCCAAACCACUCCCACGCAGGAUCCAUGACAAUGUCAUUCCAUCCCUCCCCAUCCUCUGAACUGCCAAACAGGGCUGUGCAAAGUCAGUCCCGCCCUUCUACGCCUCAGUCUGUAGAUGAUGGAGAUGAGGGUAACUCCUCUCCAGCGCUGUUCCAGUCACCCUGUAGCUCCCCCCUCAACCUGCUGGAUCUGGAGCUGUCUGUACAGGACUGUACUGGGACUGCAGCACUGGGACCAGGCCAUAAUAACACCACAGAACGAAGUGGGAACCAUACCAAGGACAGGGAUCUAGUACAGCCAUCUCUCAGUCUCCUUGGUCCACCAGGACCCUGUGUCUAUGAGCGUUUGUCAUGGGAUAAACUGUGCUCUAGGCUGGAAGCUUCCAGCUGUGAGAUUAGCUCCAGGGGUGAUGGCAACAACAGUGAUGCCAACUCGUUAUCCAGUGACAUGCUUGAUGUGAUUUUGCAUGAAGACUCCUUGUCUGGAACAGGGUCUGCCACUUCGGGCUCCAUGGGCUCAGCGUCUCGUGGCUGUGGGACGUCUAGUGGGACGUCUAGUGGGACGUCCAACAGUCGGACUUCCAACAGUGGAGCCUCUGCUUGUGGCAUUUCAGGUAGUGAUAGUAGUAAGUACUUUGGCAGCGUGGACUCCUCUCAGAGCAGCCAGAAGGCCAAAGUUCCCAUAAGCAGCAACGAGGGAAGUCUUUCUGAGAUGGAUCCAGCAGAGCACAUCGCCAAGUAUGUGCUGCAGGACCCGAUGUGGCUGCUCAUGUCCAACACUGAGGACAAGGUCAUGAUGAACUACCAGCUGCCUUCUCGUGAUGUGCAGCAAGUGCUGAAAGAAUACAGUGAUAAGAUUCAGGAUCUGCAGAAAAGCCAGCCAUGUUUCACAGAGGAGCAGAAGAAAGAGCUGGGAGAGGUUCACCCCUGGAUACGGAGUGGCCAUCUGCCCAGCGUCAUAGACAUAAAGGAGUGCUCUUGCUGUGAAGAAGCAUCAGAGGUUUCAGUCACAGCAGAAGCCGGAGACGGACCGGACAUGGAGAUGGGAGACACAGAGGUGCUGGACUGGAGCUGA